GGUUAGGCAACAGGAGAUUAGCUUUCGGUCUGUGGAGCAAGAGCAGGCAUUGCAUGCUGUACUUAACAGUCAGACGCCGCUUGUGGUUGUGCUUCCAACAGGCGGAGGCAAGAGCUUGCUGUUUACUGUGCCAGCGUGCAUGGACAAUGCUGGCGUUACUGUGGUUGUUGUUCUGUAUUAAGAGCUUAUUAACAACACAGUAGACCGUAUGCAGAAGUGCGGAAUCAACUGUAUUGAGUGGAAGCAUGGCGAGACUAACCUGGCUGCUGUAGUUGUGGUUAGCGCUAAUGCUGUAGGCAAUAUCACAAGCAAAGGGAACUUCUUAGGGUACGCAACUAUGCUAAGCACAAAGGGGAUGCUGCGGCAGGUGGUUGUAGACGAGUGUCAUCUUAUCUUCACAGCGAGCCACUGGCGGCAGAAGCUGGCGAAACUGAAGAAUCUGCGGUUGCUACCGUGCCCAAUAGUACUGCUCACGGCAACGCUUCCGCCAUCACGAGAGUGCGAACUGGAGGCUGGCAUGCUGGUUCGGUGUGCAACGUACGUGCGCGCUAGCACUGUCCGGCCGAACACGCGAUACUUUGUGUCGUGGUGUUAAGCCGGCAAGCUAGAGGAGACAGCGCUCGCGGUAGGCUCACGGCGGCAGUCGUCGUUGCUUGCGACAGGAGAGAAGGGCGUGGUGU